GAAGGCGAGGUUGUCUUAUUCAAGUCCGGUAACGGCGGAGGUCCAACCGAGUCCGACCAAAGCCAAUGUUCUACAGGCUAUAAGUAUUUCACUUGUCCAUUACCGGAGUGGGACGGGCUUACGUCUGGAUGUCGAUGGACAGGCUGCGAGGGUUCCUGUAACGCUGAUGAGACUGAAAUGGCUUACUCCAAUGACAUAUACAACAGAUGUCCGCACCAGGCCUUCUCUUGGGGAGUGCGAUAUUGUUGUAAAGAUGGUAAAAGACCAUUGUCGAAUUGUCACUGGGUUGGACAAGGACACUGUGACGACAAUAUAUGCAACCCGAAUGAAGUCACUGCGGCACGGAAUUCAGUUGGCGAUGGCUAUGGUUGCAGAUUCGGUCGCGAGAAGUCUCUUUGCUGUACUCCAGAAAUGGGGACGCUUGAGUUUAAUACCUGUUCUGCAAGCCUCUGCGACUACGACAAAGGCCUUUGCGAUCUUGAUCCUUGGGCCGACGGGCCGGAUAAUGACGAUGACUUCAGCAAACAAGCCUCUCGGCCCUCUAUGAACGCUAGCGGAGUGAUAAUUCGACCUAGAGGAUACCCAGGUUCUAGCUUCCUUUUCGACGGUAUCGAUGGGAACCAGGUGCUUAGUAGAGCUUUCACAAUUUCGGACCCAAACUGUCGCGUCACAAAGCUGAAGAAGAUUGAUCCCAACACCAUCACCAAGCCUGAGAAACAGGCAAAAUGGGCCACAGAGCAUGGAGUUGAGAUUCAAUACAUUAAGAGUUUUACGAGUACGGCCGUAACAGGAAAUCUCCCUUCGAAACGGAGACUGACGACAACUGGAUACAUUGGCAAGAAACAUAUGAAUGAAUACUUCAACAACCCAAAUGGGCUCUCCACUCCGUACAGAGCCACGAAUACUAGCAGAGCAACGAGGAAUCCCUCGGCUGCCAUGUUUGAAGCCAUUGGCUCUUACACAAAUCGGCGAAGCCUUUUCCUCGUUACACGUUCACUCAACUCUGUAAAGCGCAGGGUGUUCGAAGGCAUCGACCCUCUAAGUAAAGAUAGAUUGCAGAAGUUUGUGGCAGAAUCGAUUCGUACUGGCAAAGGAGAGGAAAAGUUCCUCCUAUUCAUCCGUGAGACGAUUGGAACCUUUCAGUACAUACAUGACCCAGAAGUCUUGCCGCGAAUCCAAGAAACUCGUCGGCGGUUAAGAGAGACAAGCGUCGAAAUUUCAACCCAAAUUCCAAUGUUGAUAUUUUUCGACGAAAUCUGGGAUGAAUUCGAUCCAGACUGGUGGAAUACUAUGACUGACACUGCCAGGGGCUGGGUGACCAAGUCUAUUGCUUAUAUUGAGCGUGAGUAUAGGGCUGCUGCUGCGUCGCCAGCUCCUCCGAGUAACUGGGGAGCUGUUCAACGGGCCAUCUAUACUCUUAAUAGAGACAUGGUAUAUAUUAAAACCUUGCCGAGAAUAUAAUGAAGCCGGUUUGUACAUUAUAAAUAG